AGAGCUGUCCCUUAAAUCCCGAGAUUAUACCAGGACACAGACCCGGUACAAGAGGUCUCCGGUUUUUGGUUCUGUUUGAUCAAAUCUGAGCCCUCAUGUUGGUUCCAGUUAAAACUUAAGAUGGUCUCUGAUCAUGAAUGUGUCUUCUGUCCACCUCAGUGUCUAUGGGUGUCCGUUGGCCAAGAAGAGGAAGGCUCUGGACAAACAACCUCUGGAACCAGCUGCCAAGAGGAGGCUCCUCUUCCUCACUUCCUGCCCAGGUGAGGAAGAGGAGCAUCCCGGAGCUGUUGGCAGCUUCCAGAACGAAGUCCUGCAAGCUGGAAAGGAAGCAAAGGAGCGAGGAGAGAUUGUGGAGGAGGACGAGGCGCAUGGAGAGAGAGAUGGAAAUGAGGAUGAAGACGGGGAGGUGGAGGAGUUUUCUGAGGAGGAACAGGUGGAGGAAGAGGAGGAGGAAGAGGAAGAAGAAGAAGAGAUAGAGGUGGAGAGAGAAGACAUGAGAAUAAGAGGUGAGCAGCCAGAGGAGGGGAUGGAUGAGGAAGAGGAUGAUAUUGAAGAAGACGAAGACCAGCAGGCAGAGGAAGAUGAACAGGAAGAGGAGGAAGAACAGGAGGUGCAGAAUCAUCAUACAGAGAACCAGUACAAAACCAGUGGACAAUCUAAGCUCCUCCCAGUCCAGAAGGACAACAACAACAACAGCUGCACCACUGGCGUCUCUAUCGGUACUGGACCCAGAGAGGAGUACGAGAACUACGACGAACUGGUUGCCAAGUCACUGCUCAACCUUGGCAAGAUUGCAGAGGACGCUGCCUACCAGGCCAUGACUGAGUCGGAGAUGAACAGCAAUUCCUCCAACAGCGGCGGGGAGGACGAGGACGAGGAGGACGGCAGCGAACAGGGUGACAGGAAGGGCGAGCUGAGCGUGGACCUGGACAGUGACGUGGUCAGAGAGACAGUGGACUCCCUGAAGCUCCUGGCCCAGGGUCACGGCACCAUGCUGUCCGAAGACAGCUACCCAGAAGGCAGUUUGGUGAACGGGACGACCGGUAUGGGGGUGAGGGCUCAGGGCAGGGAGAGCGGAGAGGAGGCGUGUCUCAGCAGUCUGGAGUGUCUGAGGAACCAGUGCUUCGAUCUGGCCCGGAAGCUGAGCGAGACGCAGCCGUUGGACCGGCCAGUCCUCCACUCGCUCCACCACCAACUCCAGAACCCAGCAGACCCUCAGGUGCUGCACCACCUGAACAGGUACUCCAAACCUUUACCCAGGUAUGACAGCUGCCCCCAGGGGACGCCAGAGGAUUCCCGGUCUCUGGAGCGCAGCUACUCCGACAUGGUAAACCUACUGAAGCUGGAGGAGCAGCUGAGUCCGGCGUCCAGAGGUUAUCCGACCAGCCAGGAUGGAGACGAGGACACCACGUCAGUGGCGUCCGACCGCUCUGAUGAGACCUUUGACAUGUCCAAGGGAAACCUGACGCUGCUGGAGAAAGCUAUCGCCCUGGAAUCAGAGAGGGCAAAGGUCAUGAGGGACCGAAUGGUGUCCGAGCACACAGUGCCCCGCCGGGUUCACCAUCAUCACCGUGGCCACGGUGACCACAGCCAGCGGCUGAGUGGCAGCGGCGAGGAGCAAAAGUCCAGGAUGCAUCAAGACGGGCUGAGGAAGGCGUACUACCCUAAAGAUUCUUCCAGAGGCGAGAAAAAAGAAAGUAAAUGUCCGACACCAGGCUGCGACGGUACUGGUCAUGUGACUGGUCUGUACCCACAUCACCGGAGCCUGUCUGGAUGUCCUCAUAAAGACCGCGUCCCUCCUGAGAUCCUCGCCAUGUAUGAAAAUGUUUUAAAGUGCCCGACUCCUGGCUGUUCUGGACGGGGUCAUGUCAAUAGCAACAGGAACUCCCACCGCAGUCUGUCCGGGUGUCCCAUCGCUGCUGCAGAGAAGAUGGCCAAAGUCCACGAAAAGACCCACUCCACGGACAGCACCAGCAAGACCAGUCAGACGUCAGAUCGUGUCCUCAGGCCGAUGUGUUUCGUCAAGCAGCUGGAGAUUCCUCAGUAUGGUUACAAAAACAACGUUCCCACCAGUACGCCGCGGUCCAACCUGACGAAGGAGCUGGAAAAAUAUUCCAAGACCAGCUACGACUACGGUGGCUACGACGGCCAACAUGCCGGCUACGGGAAGAGAGGCCUGAACACCAAGACCCACCACGGGCGGGACACAUCCCCGAAAGGAUACGAGGUGAAACGCUACUGUAAGACGUCCAGUCCGGCCAGCAGCACCACCAGCAGCUACGCUCCCAGCAGCAGCAGCCUGAGCUGUGGAGGAGGAGGAAGAGGAGGAGGAAGAGAAGGAGGAAGCAGCGCCAGCAGCACCUGCAGUAAGAGCAGCUUCGACUACACCCAUGACAUGGAGGCGGCGCACAUGGCGGCCACGGCCAUCCUCAACCUGUCAACCCGGUGUCGGGAGCUCCCUCAUGCUCUGGGGGGGAAACCCCAGGACCUGCUGACACAGAGUCCAGAAGGUGACCUGGACGACAGCAGUGCGGUGGACGUUGCAAGUCAGCCCGGCGGUCCAGAGGGCAGCGGGACAGUGUUGACCCCCCUGCAGCCGAUGUCGCCCCAACGUCAGGCCUUGCUGAGCAGCCGCUGCUACCAGCUGACCGACACCGACUGCUGGGACCUGCCGGUGGACUACACCAAGAUGAAACAGCUCAGUGAUGAACAGGACCACAAGGAGAGCGACGAGCUGGACCCCUUCCAGGAGCUGCUGGACGAGCAGUGCUACCCGGCCGAGGUCACCAUGCCCAGCCCCAAGCACCACAAAUACCCCCCCUGCAAGGAGGGCAAGAAGGAGCUCAUCACGUUGUCCAGUUGUCAGCUGGCCGAUAAGAGCAUCCGCAGCCUGAUGACGACCAACCCACAGGAACAAAAGUGUCCAACCCCUGGCUGUGAUGGAUCCGGACACAUCACUGGAAACUACGCCUCCCACAGGAGUCUGUCCGGCUGUCCACGAGCUAAGAAAAGUGGCAUUAAAAUCCUCCACAGCAAAGAGGACAAGGACGACCAGGAGCCAAUCAAGUGUCCGGUCCCAGGCUGUGAUGGACAGGGUCAUGUGACAGGGAAGUACGCCUCACAUCGCAGUGCAUCAGGCUGUCCCCUGGCGGCCAAGAGGCAGAAGGACAGCUACGUCAACGGUUCCCAGUUUGUCUGGAAAUCUGGGAAAACCGAUGGCAUGACAUGUCCGACUCCAGGCUGCGACGGCUCGGGACACGUCAGCGGGAGCUUCCUGACCCACCGCAGUCUGUCUGGUUGUCCUCGCGCCACCUCAGCCAUGAAGAAGGCCAGGAUGAGCGGCGUGGAGAUGCUGACAAUCAAGCAGAGAGCGAGUAAAGGAAUCGAAAACGAUGAAGAAAUAAAACAGCUGGAUGAAGAAAUCAAAGAUCUGAAUGAGUCCAACAGUCAAGUAGAGUCGGACAUGAUCAAACUGAGGACACAAAUCACCACCAUGGAGACCAGCCUGAAGUCCAUGGAGGAGGAGAACAAGGUGAUGGAGCAGCAGAACGACUCUCUGCUGCAUGAGCUGGCCAACCUCAGCCAGUCGCUCAUCACCAGCCUGGCCAACAUCCAGCUUCCUCACCUGGAGCCGAUGAAUGAACAGAACUUUGACACGUAUGUGAGCACGUUGACAGACAUGUACACCCACCAGGACCAGUACCAGAGCCCGGAGAACAAGGCCCUGCUGGAGAACAUUAAACAGGCCGUCCAGGGCAUCCAGGUGUAGCCGAAUGCGCAGCAGAAAGCAGCCACGGAGGCUUGUUUGCUGCUGUAAUCUAGCAUAAAUAUUUGUUGCGCUCUCAGCUCCAUGCGUGUCUCUUUUUUACCAUGUUGCUUGUCAUUGCCUUGCUUUGAGAAACCAACCUUUUAAAGGAACAUUCACGUUUUCUACAUUUUCAUAUGACCUGAUAUAAUGUGAUGUACUGUUUCUAGCUGCUGACGUCUGCACAUUCUGGUGGAAAUGGAUGUAUUUAUUUAUUUAUUGUAAACUGGACUCAUGUCUUAUUUAAUGUGAUUUACAAACAUUUAGAAAAAAGUGGGUUUAACUAGGAGCCAAGCUGUAAAGUUUUCCUUUUUAAUGUCCGAACUAACAUUGCUGUAAAUCUUUAGAUGAACUUUAUGAGGCUUUUAAACAUCAUGACACGGAAACUUUGUGGUGCAGAUCUCACCAUCCCCCUCGGACUGUCCCGCCGACUCUGCAGACAUCGUAGGAGACAAUCUUCCAUCCUGAAUUUACUUUGUCCUCGAGCUCGCGGGACAGCGUCUCAGCAAUAUCUCUACCAUAACAUGAGUCAUUUGUUAGAUAUGGGAUGCAACCUACACGAGGAACGUUUGAGUAUAUGCAAUUUCUUAUGAAUUAAACUAGCAGGAAGCUGAGAUCUUUUUACUGUUCAUGCAUCGUGUUUUGUAGAAACCUUUUACUACGGUCGUGUUUUUGGGUUGGAGGACUUUGGUUCUGUCAUGUACGCCUUUGCACAGGGAUGCUUUGUUUCCAUGUUUUGAUGUUUUAUGUUGGAGAAAGGGGCUCAGCAGGCUAACGCAUCUGUAGAAAUGUUUCCUCUCUGACAGCUUCUCUGGACUUACAGGGUCAGACUCUCUUUGUAAAUUGCGCUCAUUCUCUGGAAAAUGUCUUUUCAGUCAUCACUGAGCCCGAGCCGAGCACCUCUUCAUUAUAAAAAAGACUUUAGUUGUUAAGAAAAAACAGAAAAGGAG